UACAGGUGUUAUUAAACGUUUUACAGGCGCGUCGCCAUCAACAAAGAUGGGCAGCAAGCGGAAAAACAUGGAAGACGAAAUGUCUCGCUUCGAAGCGGAGAUUUCGACUGCAACCGUUGCGAUGGAACCGCCAGCAAUGGCUGCGGCCGUAGCCAGCAGUCCGUUUAUACCGUCCCAGGUGCGAACGGUGAUCGGUUCGCAAACGUACAAUCAGGUGCAGCAGAAGUUGGCCCAGGUUCCGCCACGGUUGCCACCGCCACCGAUGCCUCCGUUUCUGCCACCGUACGGGGUCCAGCCACAGACGCUGUUGCCGCCCAAAUCGUACACGACCGAACCGACGCCGGUGAUUGUGAGUAGCGCUCCGAAAAUGUAUGCCGCUCGGCCAACCGUUGGCAUUGCCACCAAGUCGGACAUCUCGCCCGGACCAUCCAGCAGCGGAAUGGCGCCGACGGUACAAUCGUACGAUAUCGCUAACAUUCAGUACGAAGUGGUCACCAAGAUGAAGAAACCGAAAACAGAGAAAUCCGGCCCCAAUCCGAUCGCCGAAGAAGCCAUCAAGGCGGCCCGCGCUUCCUCCGCGUUGCAGUCAUUCGGGAACAGUGAACGGCGUGGCAAGAAGGACAAAAAGCAAACGGUGCGUGUGGCCGGUGGACAAACGUGGGAAGACAUGUCUCUCUCUGACUGGGCGGAGGAUGAUUUCCGCAUCUUUUGCGGUGAUCUCGGCAACGACGUCAACGACGAGCUGCUGACGCGUACCUUCAACAAGUUCCCCUCGUUCCAGCGGGCCAAGGUGAUACGCGAUAAGCGCACGAGCAAAAGCAAGGGCUACGGCUUCGUGAGCUUCAAGGACCCGCAGGACUUUAUUCGGGCGAUGAAGGAAAUGGACGGACGGUACGUUGGCAGUCGGCCCAUUAAGCUGCGCAAGAGCACCUGGAAAAACCGCAGCAUCGAGGCAGUGCGGAAAAAGGAGAAGGAAAAGCAGGCGCUGCUUAGCCUCUUCAAUCAAAGCUAG